CAGUGACCAUCCUAGUGUGAAUGUUCUUGUGUGUCCAUUGAAGCGGUUGGACACGUAAUAUAUAAAUAUAGGCACUGCACAGGUACUUAGUCUGCAUGUUGGACACUCUCAGAUUAUGACUAAAAAGACCUUGCAGGAUUAAACCCAAACACGCAAUGAUUCAUCAAGUUAUCCUGUGGUCUGGACUUCUUCUGUACCUUCCUCCUCCAACCAGCCCGACAUGCUUUCUGGGUAAAGGAGCAGAGUGUCAAGAUGCUGAUUUUGUGCCAGGAUCUGACUUGGCUGGAGAAGGUUUCGACAUAACCAAGAUGAAACGCCUGGGGAUUUUUGUCAUCGACAUGAGUAAGUGGGAGCUCAAGAACAACACGUGUAACCUGUGCAAAAACCCAUUCAUGCAGUACAAAAAGCAGAAGCUCCCCGUGUCUGUGAUUUACUGGAGGGCCGCCCAAAAAUGCAAAAGGUCAUUAUCCAGCUCCGUUUAUGAGACCAGCGAGUCCCUGGUCAGUUCCAGCACCUCCUCUGUACAGAACAACUGGAAAGCCGGUCUGGGAAUAGGCAACAUGGUAAGCAGGAUGUCAGUGAUGUUGGCUGGAACGAACUCUAAACUUGCAGAGUAUUCAAUGGCAAAGACCAAAAAAGACAAGUUCAGCUUCAUCAAACAGUCAACAUCCUGCAGAUACUACAGCUACAGCAUUAGCAGCCGCUCUCCACUUCAUCGUGAGCUAAACUAUGAAUUCACAAGGCUUCCAGAGACAUAUGACAACGAAACAAAAGAAAUCUACUUGACACUUGUUGAAAAGUUUGGCACACAUUAUAUUACCCAGGUGAAACUCGGUGGAACAGUGCAAUCUGUGACCAGUGUCAAACAAUGCAUGGCUGCUCUCCAGGACCUCAGUGUAGACGAGAUCAAAACAUGUCUGGACGUCGAGGCAUCUGCAAGUGUAAUGGGGAGGACGAGCAUAAACACGGCAUACGGUCACUGUAAACAGAGCAAAAACAAAAAACUGAACGCACACAGUUUUGCUAACAGUUUUACUGACAGGUUAACUGAAAUCUCUGGUGGCCACGCUCAAGACACGGCACUUCUCUUCUCAUCCAGCAAUGACCCUGGUGCUUACAAUCAGUGGCUCUCCUCAGUGCCAGAAAAACCAGACGUGAUUUCCUUUGCACUCAAGCCCCUCCAUAUGUUGCUGCCAGUCAAGAAUCCAAAACGUGAGCAAAUGCGCCGAGCCAUUCGUGACUACAUACUGCAGAGAGCCCUUUUGAGGAACUGCUCGACACCUUGCAAGGCCGGCAUUGCAACUAACCCCAAAGAACCCUGUGUGUGCAGCUGUCACAACAAUCCUGGAGUAAAAGCAAACUGCUGCCCCUCACAGCGCGGACUUGCUCAGAUUACAGUAACUGUGAAGAGGGCGACAGGCUUAUGGGGAGACUACUUCACACAGACCGACGGGUAUGUCAAGGUCCUAAGAAAUCACAAGUUUUUUCUAGGGGAAACACCAGUAAUCUGGAACCAAAACUCACCAACCUGGAACUGGAAGUUUGAUUUCGGCAACUACGUUCUUUCUCAGUUUGGGGGGCUGAAGCUAGAAGUGUGGGACAGGGACAACAAGUGGGACGAUGACCUCCUGGGGGCAUGCAACAUACAACUGAAAGCUGGCGUAACAAAAGAAAUCUGUCGACUUAAACAUGGUUUGCUGUACUACGAGACGGCUGUAACUUGUGGUCCUAGUUUAACUGGCUCCUCGUGCACAGAAUAUGUGGGCUCUCCGAUGUCCUCCCAUCUAGAGAAGAUGUACGUGUCACGACACGCCCGGCCCAUCCCAAAAGAUCUGCUGGUGAACAUGGGAGUGCUUUUAGACGAGCGCCGCUCUCUGUUUAGUCAAACCAGCGAGCCUAAUAGCAGAAAACAGACUUUGUAAAAGCUUAACGGAUUAGUUCACUUCCAGAAUUUUAAUUUCCUAGUCAUUUACUCACCCCCAUGUCAUCCAAGAUGUCUUUCUUUUUCUUUCUUCACUUGAAAAGAAAUUAAGGUUUUGAGGAAAAUAUUCCAGGACUUUUCUCCAUAUAGUGGACUUCAAUGGGAGCCAACGAGUUAAAGGCCCAAAUUGCAGUUUCAAUGCAGCUUCAAAGGACUCUACAUGAUCCCAGCCGAGGAAUAAUGGUCUUGUCUACCAAAACAAUUGGUCAUUUUCUAAAAAAAAAAAGGUUUUAACCACAAAUGCUUGUCUUGCACUAGCUCGACCACAUGCACUGCGUAAUCACGUUGGAAAGGUCACGUUUACAAAGCGAACAUGCAAAGAAAGUCACAGUGAUGUCGGAUGAUUUUGAAGUUGGAGAAGAAAAUGAGAUGGAUUUUCUUGGCCUACCUUACCUUUUUCAACUGAAGUACACAGAUGAAGAACUAACCGUGCAUGACAUCGGGAUUACAUAAUGCGUGAAGUCCCGACGAACAUUUAUGGUUAAAAAGUAUAUAAACUGGUAUUUUUUUUAGAAAAUGAUGAUUGUUUUGCUAAAUAAGACUAUUAUUUCUUGGCUGACAUUGUUCAGAGCCCUUUGAAACUUCAGUUUGGACCUUCAGCUCCCAUUGGCUCCCAUUGAAAUCCACUAUAUGGAGAAAAAUCCUGGAAUGUUUUCCCCAAAAACCUUCAUUUCUUUUCAACUAAAGAAAGAAAGACAUUACAAUCUUGGAUGACAAGGGGGGGAGUAAAUUAUUAGCAAAAAUUUAUUCUGGAAGUGAACUAAUCCUUUUAAAAAUCAUCAGAGCACUGCAAAAUAAGUAAGGUAAAAUGGUGCUAAAGGUGCCUUCGAUAUUAUUUCCCUCUAAACCACUAGACUUUCAAAACACCCGGUUUUCAAGAUACAUGCGCAAAUUUGGCUGAUGCCUGACGUGAUCGCUGGCAGCAGCGCAAAGUCGAUUCUGCUCUUGAUCUAAUACUUGAUGUUUUUUAAAAUGUAGAUUUAAGCUAAAAUUCUUGAGUAUAUCUUGAGACAAAGGUCUUCUUUUUCAGUUUCGUUUAAGAUAAUUAAAGCAACAGUUUUUAAAUAAUAAAAGAACAUGUAAAAGUAUGGUAUUUGGGGUAAAAAGCGCGCCUGCCGUCGUGGCUACAAGGCACAAUUAACAUGAUAAAUAAUAAAUUACUGACUUUUCCAUUUGCUGACAUGACAUUGUUAGAUUCAGAUGGUAAAUAUCAUAUUUUAUGUUGGGUGUCUAUCUUAGAGAUGGAGAUCCAUGUUUAGAAUAAAACCAUCGUAUUUAAAAACAUGAUAUUAAUCAUAUAAUAAUAAUAAUAAUAAUAAUAAAAAAACGUUGUUACUACUGUACAUGUAUAUUAAAAUACUAUGGGAUCUCCUUCAAUGCUUUCAGAAUCUUUACAUUUUAAAAUAUGUUUAACAAUAACAUAUUUACUGAACAAAAAUGAAUUCUUUUAUUUAUCAAAAUAAGCAGAAAAUAAUACAAACUUUGCUAAAGUGAACAUUAUUUUAUAAUUUUAUAAACAUUAUUUUAGUAUUUGCAUCAAUGCUGUGAGCCUUUCACCCCGUGUGCCACCUCAUACAUUUAUAAGAUUUUUUAACAAAAUAAACAACUUACGAUUUAUUUUCAAAUAAAAAUCUGUUGCUCCAUAAAUGUUCAAUUCAAACGUAUAUAUUUUUCUCAUAUCAUCUCAAAUCAUAUGCUUGGGCACAGUA